UAAAGCUUGUAAGGUUGCUGUACUUGUUCCUAAUGAAAUUUGUCUCGAUACCUCGAGAGAUACAUCGUUCUUUGCCGUAUUGAUAAUUUCCAUUUUAGGAAAUCGUAUUAUUAGCUAGUAUGCUUUACAAAGGACCACGAAAAUCGGGAUUUGCUUCACUCAAAACAAUUAUUUUAUUUGAAACUGCAUUGUUCACGGCAUCAGCCACAUUUUGGUUUACUUUAAGUCUUUCUCCAGAUUGCAGAUAUUUUCUGUAUAAACAUAGUCCAAAAAUACUAGAAGGUUAUUACAUGUUUGAAGAACAGGCAGGUAGAGGAAACAUCAAAUUGUCAGAUUUACAAUCUUGGCAACAUCGACAAAAUGAAAGUGAAAUCUUAUGAAGUUUAUAAAACUUCCAACAUUUUUGAUAGGUAGUGACGGUUUAAGAUAUUCUUCAAAAAUUGAUUCUUCUAAAAACAAGCUUUUACCUCAAAGCCUUUAAAUAUAAAAUUCUUAGAUUCUUAAAAUAAAGUACUAGUGAAGAUAAAUUUGUUAUUGAAAUUAACAAACAUCCCAAGUUUAAUGAAAUACAAGAUAUAACUUUGAAACAGUUCGCAUUGAAAGUACAGUAUGGAUCCUCCAACUUUAAUAGAAGGUAGUUUACCAGAUCGUAUUAGCAAAAGAGAUCGUGAAAGAAAAAAUAUUAUUGAAAGACGAAGAGAAGAAAGGCAAUCAUUGGCUGUUGAAUCUGAACAAAGUAGUUAUUUUAAGGACACAUUUUAUUCAUCGUGCAAAAAAAUUAAAGAAAUGUUAGAUGAUGCACCUAGUGCACCUACAUCAGCUCUUCCUGGAAUAUUUGAUAAAGCAAAUAAAGAAAUCCAAACACUUAAAAAUUAUUUAUCACAAUCAAAGAUGUUUUUAAAAGUUUAUGAUAUUAGAAGAGCACAAGAAAAUUUACAAUUAUUAGAAAAUGAAACUUCUGAUUUGGAAAUGAAAUUAUUACCUAAAAAGAAAUUUGGUUUUAAAAAUCGAAGAGUUGUGAAGAAAACAUCUGAUAAAACACACGAUAUGACAGAUGGUUUAAAGGAUUUAAAAAUAUCAGAAGGAAUUGUAAAUGGUUCAGCAAAACAGAAUUAUAAAUUAUCAAGCAAAUAUGGAGAUAGUACGUGUAUGCUGUUAGGGAAAAUUGAUGAACAAGUAGUUUUGGAUGCUGAAAAUGUGAAUAAGAAUGAUAUUCUACUUUCUGAUUUAAUUCACUGUACAGUACGAAUUUAUGGCACACCUAGUACUUUGCACAUGGUAAACUUAAAACAAUGUACUGUAUUAGUUGGACCAGUAACAUCAUCUGUAUUUGCACAUGACUGUAGCGAAUGUGUAUUUGCUUUCGCGUGUCAGCAACUUCGUCUACAUUCAUCAACUGAUUGCACUAUUUAUUCACAUGUUACAAGUAGAUCAAUUAUAGAAGAUUGUACAAAAAUACAUGUAGCACCUUAUAACUGGUCUUAUGAAGAUCAAGCAAACCAUUUCAAUUUAGCUGGGCUUGAUCCAAAAAUAAAUAACUGGAAUUGUGUUGAUGACUUUAACUGGUUAUCUAAUGAAAAACAUUCGCCAAAUUGGAGCAUUUUAGAACCUGAAUUGCGUGUAAAAAGUUGGGAUUAAUAAAUACAAAAAAAAAAAUAAGUCAUAACGUCUAAAAUUCAGUUCUCAAAAUACCAUUUUUUCAAUAUUAGAUACUUAUUUUGUUAUAUAAAUUCUUUAUGUGCAUACUCUG